AUGACAGACAAAGCCACUAGAGAGGAGGGGGCGGCCGUGACCGACCUGCUGGAAAGACUGCUGGAACAUUGGGCAGAAGAAUCCUUACAGCCAAACUUGCCGAUCAACCUAAUCGAAUUCCUCCAUGAGUCGGAUGAGGCGGACACUUUGGCCUUUGACGACUUGGGAACGGCGCCCGCCGAGAUGGAGGAUGACUACCCCGAGGUCCAGGACCCGUUAUUAGAAAUAAAUAUGGGAACCGAGCCUGAACCACGACCUCUUUUUGUAAGCCAGUUUUUGAGCCCUGAAUUAGCCGCCGAGAUCAUCGGCUUGCUUCAUGAAUAUAAGGAUUGUUUUGCUUGGGAUUAUCAUGAGAUGCCUGGAUUACCAACGAGGUCGAAGCGACCGAAACUGACUGGCGCUACCCCAUAG